UUCUCGCAUUAGAUGGCCGCCAUAUUGUGCGACAUGGCAGCAUCAAUGUGAUCGCCGUGCGAGAGCUCGGACUGCCUCUCCGUUUUUCUUUUCCGUUUCUUCAGAACGCUCGGGCUGUGUGUAGUUUUAUUUUUUAUCCAUUCAUUUUGGCGGAGUAGUGCGCCUCUACUCGAGCUGCGGGGUCGCCGAAAGAAGUCUUGUGUGCGUGUGCCGAUGCGAGAAAACUCUGUGCGCGGCGGCGGCGUCCUCCGAAUUCCCCCUCGUGGACGAUAGCCCCGUAAUGGGUUGCGAGGCGGCAGCAGCAGCGGUGGCGCUAGGCCUAGCGUGUUGCUGCCCGGGACCGGAAAAGUCGCUCGCCCCUGCACCGUCGUCUGAGCGCGCCGCCGGCAUCGUGAACAACGUCGGCACCGUCCGCACCGGAUCCGCCGCCAUCGGUGUGUGCUGCAUGUGAGCCGGUGGUGUGGUUCCGCGUUCGCCCCCCCCCUCCCGCCACCCCCCAAACCGACACUCCCGAGUGCUGCUUCAUCUGCCGGGAGCCGCUAGACAGUCGUUUCAAACCUGGAUGACGACUCCGAGGCUGCUACUGCGGAGGCACACGCCUUGGUGGGAUAAUAAUGCCUGUGCGCGAGUCUCCAGCGCUGCAUCGUUUGUUGCUGCGACCGCGCGAAGGGCGACUGUGGUGAAGAUUCGCCGACUCGGCCGCUGCCUGCCGAGGUAGGCUCACAGAGGGACAGUAAAGUUGCGCCCCCUCACAGUCGCCAUGUCCAGUGUGCGGACGCCUCUGCAGACCGUCCAUGAGUCGGUCACGACCGACCAGGGCCCAAUUUUUAAGUCUCCUAAACUCCCUACGGGAGAGGAGGUGUCGGUGCUUGCGCCACGCACGACGUCGGCGCCACGCAGCCGCACCUCCGAGGAGCCGCACAUUGGCCGCUACCGACUGCUCAAGACCAUUGGCAAGGGCAACUUUGCCAAGGUCAAGCUGGCCAAGCAUGUGCCUACGGGAAAAGAGGUGGCCAUCAAGAUCAUUGACAAGACGCAGCUGAACCCGUCGAGUCUACAGAAACUUUUCCGAGAGGUUCGCAUCAUGAAGAUGCUUGACCACCCAAACAUAGUCAAGCUGUACCAGGUGAUAGAGACAGAGAAGACCCUCUACCUGGUCAUGGAGUACGCCAGUGGGGGCGAGGUCUUCGACUACCUCGUCGCCCACGGCCGCAUGAAGGAGAAAGAGGCACGCGCCAAGUUUCGCCAGAUCGUGUCGGCCGUCCAGUACUGCCAUCAGAAGCGGAUCAUCCACCGUGACCUCAAGGCCGAGAACUUGCUGCUCGACGGCGAGAUGAACAUCAAGAUUGCAGACUUUGGCUUCAGCAACGAGUUUGUGCCCGGCAUGAAGCUGGACACAUUCUGCGGCAGCCCGCCCUACGCAGCACCUGAGCUCUUCCAGGGCAAGAAGUACGACGGGCCCGAGGUGGACGUCUGGAGCCUGGGUGUCAUCCUGUACACGCUGGUGAGCGGGUCGUUGCCCUUUGACGGAGCCAACCUGAAGGAACUGCGCGAGCGGGUGCUCAGGGGCAAGUACCGCAUCCCCUUCUACAUGUCCACCGACUGCGAGAACCUCCUAAAAAAAUUCCUCGUCCUCAACCCUGCCAAGCGAGCCACGCUCGAGGUGAUAAUGAAAGACAAGUGGAUGAACAUAGGCUACGAAGACGAUGAGCUGAAACCUUACUUGGAGCCUGAAACAGACUUCGGGGACUCCAAGAGGAUAGCUCUGUCUUCCCGCGCAGAGAUCCUGAUGUCGAUGGGAUACAGCCGGGAUGAGAUAGAGGAUUCCCUACGCAACAGGAAAUAUGACGACAUUAUGGCCAACUACCUGUUGCUAGGAAAGCGGACCACUGAGAAUGAGAGCUGUGAUUCGAGGUCUAGUUCCAGCUUAUCCCUUCGGACAUUGAGGCCCAGCGGCGUGGAAGCGGCGGCCGUGCCAUCGGCGCCCAACCAGUCCCCUUCCCACGUCAAGGUGCAGCGCAGUGCCUCGGCCACGGCCAACAAGCCGCACCGCAGGCUCAGCCACGGCGCCACCGAAUCGGGGGCUACCACACAGGCGGCAACCCCCAGCGCCGGCACCCCGGCGGCCGCAGGAGGGGGAGCGGCCUACAAGCGGCAGAACACGGUGGAUGUGCCCCGGGAGAGCCCCGGUUCUCCCCGGGCGGCCCCCAAGACGGCUCUCAAGAAGGCCGGCUCGGGUGGCACCACGACGCCGCUGGCCUCCUCGGCCACCAACGCGACGAGCAGUCCCUCCAAGGCAGCGGCGGCGGUAGCCGUGCGCAAGGCCCCCAACUCGGCGCCCAACUACAUCAAGGCCAACCUGAGCGGCAUUCCCCGGCGCAACACCUACAACUACGCCGAGGCCAAGGCUGGCAGUCCCGCCACCAUAGACGCACCGGCCAGCAACAGCUCGCUGCUGGAGGAGGUUGGGGGCGGGGCGACGCCGAUGCGAGCCCGAGGUCACACCAAGUCGGCCUCGGUGUCGUGCACCGGCCGCUCCUCCGACCUGGUGCCUCUCUGCCCCUCCGACCCGCUCAGGCCGCCCAGUGCGGGAGGGGCCAAGAGUGGAGGCGGGGCCGUGCAGGGCAGCCUGGCGGCGUCCCCGCUGCCGUCGCACACGAACCGGCCCUUCCCUAGGGGGACUGUGAACCGCAGCACCUUUCACAGCGGCCAGACACGCCGCACCUACAACGGACCGGGCUCGGGAGGCUCGGGCCUGCCCCAGCAGUCGCAGGACACGUCCAGCGUCUCGGGCAGGCAGUCCUUUUUCAGCAAGCUCUCCUCCAAGUUCAGCAAGAGUGCUGCCAGCUACAAUGCUACUCCACCACCUUUGCCACGAGAGCUUAGGACAAGAGCAUCGGGCAGCUGUGCUGAGGGAACCGGAUUCGAAACCAACCGUCGGAGUCACUUGGUAUGCGCCACUGGGACGAUGAACGAGGAGCAAGUGAAGCCCCGGUCGUUGCGUUUCACCUGGAGCAUGAAGACGACGUCAUCGCGGGAUCCCGCCGAGAUCAUGCAGGAGAUCCGCAAGGUCCUCGACAAGAACAACUGCGACUACGAACAGCGCGAGAAGUUCCUGCUGCUGUGCGUGCACGGUGAUCCCAACACGGACUCUCUGGUCCAGUGGGAGAUCGAGGUGUGCAAGCUGCCGCGGCUUUCGCUCAACGGGGUGCGCUUCAAGCGCAUCUCGGGCACCUCCAUCGGCUUCAAGAACAUCGCCUCCAAGGUGGCCAACGAGCUCAAACUUUAAAGGACUACCGCCGUAUGGUAGAAGACGAAGAAGAAAGCUCCGCUGCUGCCGCCUCCGCCGCUAUGGGCACGGGGCCAUGCGGGCCACCGCGGCGGUGGCGCUCAACUUGCCUCUCCGCCCCGAAACCCCGAUGGCGCUUGCAACCUGCGGCAAGACAUCCCGCUGCAACGAUGACAUCUAGGUGUACUUUGUGUGUGGGGGCUUGACCUGGCUCUGUUCCUGCUUGACAUUUUCUUUUUUUUUUUUUCCAUUUGUGUUGCACUCGCAAGGAAGGGAUUACGUGUAGCUUGUACCGUUUUUUUUUUUCCCUACGUACGUGUUCAAGCUGUUCAUCGGUGAGGGGUGGGGCAGGGUUUUCAUUGUGUCGUUAGCGUGGAGCAGCAGCGUGCCUUGAGGGCAUGGCAUCACCUCCAGCUUCGAAGCUUCAGUGGCUCUCGUCUUGCUUAGGCGGGCACAAAUCGAAGCAGCAUUGGAGCCCCUUUUGCCACGGAGCAGGGGACGCUGUCGGCUGCGCGUCUCCGAUACAACGGCAUACGUCACAAAGGGCAGGGCUACUGUCCCCUCCUUGUCGAGUGUCGCGCUAGCAGAGAGUACUGAACUGUGUUGAACUCCCCACCCUUCAUGCCCCGCCUCCUCCCAAACUGACGACUCCCCUGCGUUAAAGGACUCGAGGCUGGGUGAUGUGCGUGUAAUUGUGUGCAUGUCAUGACUGAGGUUUGCAUGUGUGUGUAUAUGCUUUUUUUUUUUAACUUAGGCCCACCCCAUUUUUAUUUCUUUCUCUGGGAUGUGUGUGUACAUAAGAAAGGAAUGAGGUUGACGCAAGCAUGACUGGUUGUUGUUUGUGAUUUCGUAGUGGCAAUUUCUGGCUCUUCUCCACGCACUCCAAACAUUGCUGCUGGGAGCCUCACAGUUUGCACGCCACGCGAACUUGAGAUGCAGGCCGUUUAAAUACUAAUGUUCAGGCCGCAUUCGCAACAGGAAUGCGGCAGCUGCUUGCCCAAGGUUCCCAGCACGCUCACCGCAUCAGUGGUAUUGACACCCUGAGGCUGGUGCAGCGGGUGUGACGCUGGCCAUUACGCAUUUCCGGUGUUCACAUCUCUUUGGCCAUCCAAGACAUGUCUGGAACCAUGGCAGCACUGCACAGCAUGUUGAAAGGUUCAUCGGAGAUGCGUCUCUCGAGGGCCUGUCUCGCUCAACUUGAGGGCGCACUAGCCCGGAGAGCAACUUAAGAUGGAAGGCCGUGAAUUGCAGCAUUCAGUAAACUAAGGUGAACAGAUGAUGUGCUGUCUUGUCGUCGUCAGGGCAGGGAGGGGAGCUACACUGCACGGGUGGGAAUGCAAACUAGGGGAACUAAAUGUCAGGUACAACUGUGCACUCGCACUUUAGCGGUUACUUAUUUCACUGCGUGCGAAGGGCCCGUAAUCGCGUCGCGACCGAAAACAUUGGGCGCGCUCGCUUCAUUGCCUCGUGCUAGCCUUUGUCUUCUUUUCAAGUACGCCAAGCAAGAAACGUGCAUGCCGCGAGACUUCUGGCUUUUGCUUUUGGCCCAGCGAAAGCGCGUGCUUGGCUCCGUUUUGCAUUUUUGUUGCCCAUCUUACCGCACGGUUUGCGGAGAUCCGCAGUGUCAUUUCAUAACGUCUUCAUCGAGGUCAUUGCAUCUUGCCAGCAUUGGCUCAGUGCGCAGUGCUGUUUUUCGAGACACGAAGUGGUAAUUUGUGAUAGGUGGGAACAAGUUACUGCUGCAAAUGUGUAAUUAGGAAACGAAGCUGCUGCGAAGCUCAUUACAAGGGCACUGUGUGGCAGGCAGUAUUGAGUUGUUCACUCCCAAUCGAAUGAUUUGGGAAAAAUUUUGCCUAGGUGACACGAAGCAUCGUGGGACGCGGGGAAGGGGUUAUACGUUUCGUUUCUAGGAUGAACUUUACCGUAGGCACCGAGGGAACGCCGCCCAUAGCUUCUACCUCGGCCGGCUUGUUUUCCGGCCAGAGGAAGCUGUCACUUUUGUUAGACGUUUACUUAGCUCAAGGAGUCCUAUUCGUUUCUCCCACACUUCUUUUCGUUCGUCCUUGUGUAUCAAAUUGCGCCAGUUCAACGUGUCGAUCGCUGUUAGCCGCCUUGUACAUACGAGCAGCAUUCUUUUUUUUUUUUCUCGGACGGCUCCUCCCUGUUGUAAAUAAAUAGCGGGCAACGAGGACUUCUCUUUCUGAGGGAAAGGGGGGAAACGAAACUGCAUUUUUUUCGCUAGAGUGCAGUUACCACAUUUGGUGGUGCGAUGAGUCGACACAAUUUAUUUUCUCCCCCCUCUCCCCACACCGCCACACACACACACACACACACACCAUUGUUUUAACGAGACAUGGCGCUUCGUUUUUUUUUUUUUUUCUUAUUCGGCUGCUGCACGAACUGGACUUGUUGUUUGGCUCUUUCUUGCGAGAGAUACUUUGAGGCUCUGGUGGCAAACAAGAUGAAUGCGGGGUGUACAUAGCUGCUGCCCUGUAUGUGUUUCUUGGUGCGGCUGCCUUGACGAAGAGUUGACCAGUGCUAGCAGCUUUCCCUGCCUUUUUUUUUUCUUAAUUUUUCAAGGAAAUUGGUUAUAACUAGUUCAGUGUAAAUAUCUGGAGCUUUCAUAAUUACACGAGUAAGUGCUAGGGAAGUUUCUAGUGUAUAAUUUAUCUAAAAACAAAUAAAGGGUCCUUCAAGUACCUGUC